AGAGAGAGAGAGAGAGACCAUGUGAUGAAGGAGUGAGCCUGGCUUGCUGGCUUGUGAUGUGAGACAAACACACACACACACACACACACACACACACACCGUCUCAUGACUGCUGGUACCGAAACCUGAACGAGGCGUGGGUGGGAAGCAUCAAUGCCUCCAGGUUCGGCCUGGACCUGUUCUCGUCAUCGGGCCUAAUGCGCUGAGAUAAUGAUAGGAUGGCCGAGCAGCGAUGCGGGGACCACGGAGGACUGACGGAUGCUGCUGCAGCAGCAGCGACUCUCCGGGAUGAGCAGCAGCAUCACAAUGCGAUGAAUUCAGCGGAGGAAGCGGGAGCGGAGUGUCUCUCUUUGGAGGAGAUACUGAGGCUUUACAGCCAGCCCAUCAACGAGGAGCAGGCUUGGGCGGUGUGUUACCAAUGCUGCAGGACGCUGGCGAAGGAACACCGGGGCAGGAGGAGCUCCUCUGCUGCCUCCUCCGCGGGGGCGUCUUCAUCAGCGACGGUUCCGAUGAAGAUCUCCGGGCCGGGGGAUGUUAGGAUACAGAGAGACGGGUCUGUGAGGGUGGAAGCCCAGAGCUGUGAAGGUAAAUACAGCCCUUGCACAACAACAGAGGUGAUCGAGUCUCUGGGCAUCAUGAUCUACAAGGCUCUGGAUUAUGGACUGAAGGAGAAUGAGGAGAGAGAGCUCAGCCCUCCGCUGGAGGAGCUCAUCGACCUCAUGACCAACAUGGCCGAGGCUGAGAGGGAUGCCUGCCCUGAUGAAGGCUACGAGGCCACAGAGGAAGAGGACGAAGCAGAGGAUGACCCUGAUGACAUCUCCAGUGUUCAUGGCUACAGAGAUAUCCUCAAGCUUUGUACAGCUCAUCUGCCCAGUAUGUCAGAUGCACCCAGUCACUACCAGGCAGUGUGUCGGGCUCUGUACACAGAAACCAGGGAGCUACGCACUUUCCUGGAAAAGAUCAAGAGUGCCAAAGAGAACCUCCGUAAGAUGGAACAAGAGUCAUCAGAGGAGCCUGGCCGAGACCUUAAUGAGCUACAGAACGCUGACUGGGCUCGAUUCUGGGUUCAGGUGAUGAGGGACCUGCGUGAAGGGGUCAAGCUGAAGAAGGUGCAGGAGCGUCAGUACAACCCUCUGCCCAUCGAGUACCAGCUCACACCCUAUGAGAUGCUCAUGGACGACAUCAGGUCCAAACGCUACAAACUGCGCAAAGUCAUGAUAAAUGGAGACAUCCCACCCAGGUUAAAGAAGAGCGCCCAUGAAGUAAUCCUUGAAUUCAUCAGGUCCAGACCACCUCUUAACCCUGUGUCGGCUCGAAAGCUGAAGCCACAGACUCAGCCUCCUCCGACGCUGCAUGAGCGGAUCCUGGAGGAAAUCAAAUCAGAGAGGAAACUUCGACCUGUGUCACCUGGUGAGGUCCGUAGGGGAAGGCUCGUAAUUCGGCCACUUAGCAUGUCUUUCAGUUUUGAUGCGUCAGGUUUUGGCAAAACUCGCAGUAUGCCACAGGAAUUGUUCCGUAUUGGACUAGAUGAAUUUAGUCCAUACAUGGGCAGGAGGGUGUCCAGCUCUCUGUCUCUCACCAAUGGAUCAGCAUCUCCAAGGGAAGAACCCUCCGGAUCUCAGUCUGCACCUCAGAGGAAGAGGCUCCUGAAGGCUCCCAGCCUCGCCGAGCUGGACAGCUCUGACUCUGACGACGAGAUUAUUGGCCGCAGAUCGGCCAGCAGCUCUAGUGUGGCUACAUCUUUGAUGGAUGAUACAUCCCCAGAGUCUGCACUGGGGAAGAAAACUCCUCCGAUGUUUCUGCCCAUUUCCUCUACACCCCAGCCGGAGAGGCGUAAGACUCCCCAGAGGAGACACUCCAUCGAGAAGGAAACCCCGACCAAUGUUCGACAGUUUCAGCCACCGACCAAACAGAACUCCAAGUCUUUGGUUGGGCUGAUUCAUAACGAUGAUGCGUCAUAUCAUCCCUGGAUCCCCUCCCUCCUACACCUCCUACACCUCCUCCGCCCUUCUCCCUCCACCCUCCACCCUUUGCGGAGCUCCCACCCUAUCGAGGCAUUUGUGUUGGGGUUGACGAAAGCAGUUUUUGCUCUGUGCAGAGGCAUUUACCUCAGAGGAAGAGAGUCGGAACAGGAGGAGUUCUGUUUCCCUGUGGAGUGUCUGUCUCUGACGGUGGAGGAGGUGAUGCACAUCAGACAGGUGCUGGUUAAGGCAGAGCUGGAGAAGUUCCAGCAGUACAAAGACAUCUACAACGCUAUGAAGAAGGGAAAGCUUUGCUUCUGUUGUCGAACUAAAAGGUUUUCCUUUUUCACCUGGUCCUACAUCUGCCAGUUUUGCAAAAAGCCUGUGUGUUCACAGUGCUGCAAAAAGAUGCGGCUGCCAUCCAAACCUUAUUCCAGUUUGCCAAUCUACUCCAUUGGCUCUACCAACACUCUCCCCAGGGAAAGGAUAAAUGCCAUGGCUGCUGUAGGACAACUCUCUUUGGCUGGAGGCCCGGGGCCAUCAGCAGUGCGAGAUGCCACGGCGUCCCCAACUUUAAAAGAAACGACAACAGGAGCAUCUAAAGAAACUGGAAAAGCCUCUGGAGGAGCAGCUGCUGCUAAAUCUGAGAAAGCUUCCGGUAGCCCACAGCGCCACGGCAUUCAGAAGACCAUGUCCAAGUUUUCAAAGCACGGCUCUUUAAAGUCUCACGAAGAACUGGAGCUUCCCCCAGAGUUGACAGAGGACUGGGCCACCAUGGAGGUGUGUGUGGACUGCAAGAAGUUCAUCACUGACAUUAUCGCCUCCAGCAAGCACAGCCUGUCACUGGCCACCAAGAGAGCUCGCCUAAAACGCAAGACCCAGUCCUUCUACUUGUCCUCCCCUAAAGGAAGAGAGGAGUAUCGUCCCUCUGAACGAACAAUCAAGGAGAUCUGAAACUCUCUCUGGCUGCUUCCAGCUGCAAAGGCACAAUAAGAAAGAUUCAACACUGGAUAUGAUCUUACUGUACGUGUAUACUUCAGCCAGAUAAAGCUGUCAAGAUGGCUGAUAUGAAGCUCAGUAGUGGACUGUAGCUUUUGUUGCUGUGUCCUGAUCAUUGUGUACAGCUCCUUCAGACAACAGCAUACUGUAGAUCAGCCAAUGUUUUAUUUUUUACCAUAUUAUAGAUAAUCCUUUAAUCCCUGACCAUGCUGUUUCGAGUAAAGAGACAAGAACUAUUGUGGUGACAAAUGACUUCCCUCUCCUCUGAAGGCACAACAGCGUGGUCCAAUCUAACUCACACUCAAAUCAAUAAGCACAAGAAGGAUUGAUGUGUGUUUGAUUUCCUCAGGCACUGGCACUACAGAGGACACAAGGCCUGCAGAGAGAUGGUGUUGUAAACUGAGAGUGACACUCAAGAAAAUAUGGAAUAUUAAACUGUACAUUUUGUAUGGCUUUUAAUUUAGUUUUUUACAGUACAUAUGUGUGUACAGUAAAUGAUUGUUUGAUGAAAAGUCACCCCCUGUUUUUAAUUUACAGGUUUAUUUUGCUGAUGAUGGAGAUUUGUUUUUCUUGAGGAAACAGAGGAGAAAUCUUUGCAUACUCAUCAAUCAUUUAGAAUACAUUGUCUACUUUUAUGCAGAUUUAGUGCCAAAUAAUAACUUCUUCCUAAUCUGUAUGUCACCCAAAGAAAAGUAAUUUCCCUGGCUUAUUAAAACAGUUUUGAAUCUCUCUAGAACAUUAGAUAUGCAUAGAUUCAUUAACAGUUUAAGGCUCAGAUAAUGUGCUUCUGGAGGCCAUGUGUGGGUAUAAUUUAAUCAGACUGAUUCACUGGCAUCGAAUUUAGUACUGCACUUCAAUAUGGUAAGGGGAGAUAUUUUGUGUUAGUCCCCAUAUGGGUAAAACUUAAAAAUUGCUAUAGCCGACAUCACAAAUGACUUCAAAUCUAGUGAGCAGAGCACAAGCACAACAAAACAUCCAGAAACCUCUCAUGAAAAGAAAAAAAUAGAAACUAUUAGAACUUUGACAGAUAUUGCUGUGUUCAUGCUGAAUCCCAACACCUAUAGCAAGAUGCUUUUAAACCUUUAAGCACAUUUCCUAACCAUCUAUCACACUGUAUGUUCAUUUGCAACUUUUUUUUUUUUUACUUAAAUCACUCAGUUAUACACAGAGGCAGGUAUAGAAACGUUAGCAGGACAAUGUGUAGGAUUUUUCAGAUUUGCCUUUUAAUAAUUUACAGGAAAUAUUUCCAUAUUUUUGCAUUUUUGAAUAGCUAUAAAUAAAUGUGUUGAUAAAUAUAUAGUAUAUGUUAACUCCUUCACUUUUCUUUACAUUAGGUUCCUGACAUGUAUUUGUAUUGUAUUGUAAAGAUUAGUCAUAAUAAAACACCUCACGUCCCUGUUUUUGUACAGACUCACUGUAGAGGAAGAAAAAAAAUAACUACAUGCUGUUUUGCCAUUCAUAUACUGUAAGUCUUAAUAUGAUGCCUUUCUGAGCUCCCUCCAUCAUCUGGAUGUCUCUUUGAUUCUUCAUCACAUUCCUCAUCUUCCUCCUUAAGAAGUUUCUGCCUUAAGAACUGCCUUUUAUGAUCACACUCAUACAUUGAACAGUCAUCUACUGUCACUGUACAUACUUUGUUUCUGAUGGUUUGUUUGUAGAUCAGCUCUGUGUUGCCUCGAUGGUAUCUUGACAGUGAGAGUGCUGUGCAUCUGUGUCUCUGAGUGGGAAACUGUCCCAGUGCAGUGUGUUCAGGGGACGGGUGGGAAGUCCACACAAGAAACCUCACACAGCGUGACAGCAUCAUGCAUGUUCUACGGUGUAGCUUGUACCUUCUGUCUGUAUUACCUUCAAGCUGUAACUCCAUGCAGAGAGUGCAACAAAUGAUGGCUACAAUAAUAAAUUGUAAUGCAAUACCUGA